GAUUCAGCUGUAGGAGAACUAUAUCUGCCCAUCGACAUCAGUACACUCUUGUCUUAUUGCAUCUCAAUCAUCCAUCAAUCUAUCUAACUAUCAUGUGCAAACAAGUAGCUGAAGGAACACGCUGGCUAAGAUGCGGGCACUUUCAAAGGCAUCUCGUCAUUGCCAUCGUAGAUUGCAAUUCAACUCGCUGCGAGCGCAGUUACAGACAUCCGCCAAACUGUCGGCAACCAAACUGUACUAAAAACUUCGGAGCCGAAAUCCAGCGCUCGAUCGACGAUGUCGAUGAGAUUUGCCUACAGUGUCGUACAGCACUGGCUCGCAGGCGUGGUUGACAAAGCUUGAGCAUCGCAUCCGUCCUUAGAGAGCGGGCAAAACAUCUUUCCCCACAUUGAUACUCUCACAUUAUUCGUGUUAGCAUUAUAUUGCA